CCUCUCCCUUUAAGCCACCUCGAAAUCUGAGAACUUCUGAUUCAACUAUGUCAAGUUUCCGAGUAACCUGGGAGCCAGCCCCAGGGCGAGUGAAGGGGUACAAAGUAACUUUCCACCCUACUGAAGAUGACAGGAGUCUUGGAGAAUUAAUAGUGGGGCCAUAUGACAGCACAGUGGUAUUGGAGGAGCUUAGGGCAGGAACUACCUAUAAGGUAAAUGUUUUUGGAAUGUUUGAAGGAGGAGAGAGCAGCCCCCUGGUUGGACAAGAGAUGACCACCCUUUCAGAUACUACUUCGGAGCCAUUUUUAUCUAGAGGUUUAGAAUGUAGAACCAGAGCAGAAGCUGAUAUUGUGCUGCUGGUGGAUGGCUCAUGGAGCAUUGGGCGGCCAAAUUUUAAAACCAUCAGGAACUUCAUUGCCCGUAUUGUUGAAGUUUUUGAUAUUGGUCCAGACAAAGUACAGAUUGGUCUUGCACAGUAUAGUGGAGAUCCCAGGACAGAGUGGAAUCUCAAUGCUUACCGAACCAAACAGGCUUUGUUAGAGGCUGUAGCCAACUUACCAUACAAAGGAGGCAAUACUCUAACAGGAAUGGCCUUGGAUUUCAUCUUAAAAAACAACUUCAAACAAGAUGCAGGCUUAAGGCCCAGAGCUCGCAAAAUUGGUGUUCUCAUCACUGAUGGCAAAUCACAAGAUGAUGUAGUCACCCCUUCAAGAAGACUCAGAGAUGAGGGAGUGGAACUUUAUGCAAUUGGUAUUAAAAAUGCAGAUGAAAAUGAAUUGAAGCAGAUUGCAACGGAUCCAGAUGACAUCCAUGCUUACAAUGUUGCAGAUUUCUCCUUCCUGGCUAGCAUUGUUGAUGAUGUGACCACAAAUCUGUGUAACAGUGUGAAAGGUCCAGGUGAUUUGCCACCUCCCUCUAACCUAGUUAUUUCAGAAGUGACACCUCGUUCUUUCAGACUGAGAUGGAAUCCACCUCCUGAAAGUGUUGAUAGAUACAGAGUUGAAUAUUACCCUACCUCUGGAGGUAGCCCUCAACAGUUUUAUGUAAGCAGGAUGGAAACAACGACAGUUCUGAAAGAUCUGAAACCCGAAACAGAAUAUAUUGUUAAUGUGUUUUCUGUGGUAGAAGAUGAAAGCAGUGAACCUCUAAUCGGCAGGGAAACAACUUUGCCAAUCUCUUCAGUUAGAAACUUGAAUGUUUAUGACAUUGGAUCAACUUCCAUGCGAGUGAGAUGGGAACCUCUCAAUGGAGCUACUGGUUAUUUGUUAACGUAUGAACCCGUGAAUGCCACAAUCCCAACCACAGAGAAAGAGAUGCGUGUUGGACCAUCAGUGAAUGAGGUGCAGCUGGUAGAUCUCAUCCCCAAUACUGAGUACACUUUAACAGCUUACGUAUUGUUUGGUGAUAUCACCAGUGACCCACUCACCACCCAGGAAGUGACAUUACCUUUGCCUGGACCCAGAGGCUUAACAAUUCAAGAUGUUACUCACAGCAGCAUGAAUGUCCUUUGGGAUCCUGCCCCAGGGAAAGUUCGAAAAUAUAUCCUAAGAUACAAAAUAGCUGAUGAAGCUGAUGUAAAGGAGGUGGAAAUCGACAGACUCAAAACCAGCACUACUCUCUCUGACCUUUCCUCCCAAACACUUUAUAAUGUAAAAGUUGUUGCUGUAUAUGAUGAAGGGGAAUCCCUACCAAUAAAUGCAGAAGCUGUCACUCAGCCUGUGCCAGCACCAGUCAAUCUCAGGAUCACAGAUGUAACCACAAAUAGUUUCAGAGGAACUUGGGAUCAUGGAGCUCCAGAUGUCUCUCUCUAUAGAAUAACCUGGGGACCCUAUGGAAGACCAGAAAAACAGGAGACUAUCUUAAAUGGGGAAGAGAAUAGUGUGGUCUUUGAAAAUUUGAAUCCAGAUACAUUAUAUGAUGUCUCAGUUACGGCCAUCUAUCCUGAUGAAUCAGAAAGUGAUGACCUCAUUGGCAGUGAACGAACAU